GCUACUUCCUCCCUGAAAAUCUUAACACGUUUUUUUUAUUAUUAAUUCUCUCUCGAUAUCUACACUGACCACAGAAUGUCUGAGAUGCCGGGUGAGAAGUGUAUUCUGGUCACAGGAGGCUCGGGCUAUGUCGGCAGUCACUCCGUUGUGGAACUAAUAAACGCAGGUUUCUCCAUUGUGGUUGUUGACAAUCUGGUCAAUGCCAGCAUGGAGAGUAUCCGGCGUGCCGAGCAGAUCACGGGGCAGACGAUCACGUCGUAUCAGAUUGAUAUUCUCGACAAGCCGGCGCUGGCUGAUGUCUUCUCCAAGCACCAGUUUCAUGCUGUUGUGCACUUCGCGGGUCUCAAAGCUGUUGGCGAAUCCUGUCUGGAACCUUUGCUUUACUACAGGACCAAUGUCUGUGGAACAAUCAACCUACUCGAGUUGAUGAAAGAACACAGUGUUUGUAACAUGGUCUUCUCUAGUUCUGCCACUGUGUAUGGGACUCCACAGUAUCUGCCGUAUGAUGAAAAACACCCAACAGGAAAAUGCUGCAACCCAUAUGGCAAAACGAAGCACUUCAUAGAAGAAAUCCUUAAAGAUAUAUGCACAGCAAAUCCAUCAUGGAACGUCGUAGUCCUGCGUUAUUUCAACCCAGUGGGUGCCCACUCAUCAGGUCGUAUUGGCGAAGACCCACAAAGUGUUCCUAACAACCUGAUGCCCUAUAUUUCACAAGUGGCUGUUGGACGGCAGAAGGAAGUUAUUGUGUAUGGCACGGAUUACGACACGCGUGACGGGACAGGAGUUCGUGAUUAUAUUCAUGUGGUUGACCUUGCGCACGGUCAUGUUGCAGCCAUUAAAAAGAUGAGUGAAGACUGUGGAUACAAGAUUUUUAAUCUGGGAACAGGUAAAGGAUAUUCAGUUCUAGAAAUGAUCACAGCAUUUGAGAAGGCUUCUGGUAAAAAGGUGAGUAAUUGUGACAACACCAGUCUUAUACACCCAUCUCUGUAA